GACACGGAAGCCGGAAACCCCUCCAACAGGCUCCUUCCUCUUUGCACCAGCUGUUAUCUUGCUGUUGUGAAAACACUUCCUUAAGUAGCCUUGCCCACGAGAUGCAGAAAAGGCCUUGCUCACUGGCCCUAACGUAGGCUCCAACAUCCACCAGAGAGAAUAGUGGCCAGUCUUGGGGACCACCGUGGGCAUGUGUCCCCUGGAGAUGCCCACCCCUCCCUACCUGACCCAGUCACCUCUCUGCUCCUGGCUGUUGGCACUGUUCCUUGUCCUCUCAGGAGCCUCUGAGCAGAGCAGUGGGAGUGAAUGGCAGGUGCUGCAGCCCGAGGGCCCCAUGCUGGUGGCAGAAGGUGAGACACUCCUCCUGAGGUGUACUGUAGAUGGCUCCUGCAUUGGUGACAUGAUAAAAUGGGUCAAGGUGAGCAAUCAGGACCAGCAGGAAAUUUAUAACUUCAAACAUGGCUUCUUCUCCGGGGUGACACCAGCGAUCCAGCAGAUGGAGCCACUUAACUGCGAUUAUUCCAUCUAUAUCCACAAUGUCACCAGGGAGCAUGCUGGAACAUACCACUGUGUGGGCUUCAAUGGCUUGAGUGAGAAUUCAAAGAAGAAUCUGGAUGAGGGCACCUCAGUGCUUGUGAAAAGAGCUGGGGACCCAGACCUCUGGAUCACCCAGCCCCAGGAGCUGGUGUCGGCAGCCACUGGGGACACUGUACUCUUGAACUGCACAGUGCUUGGAGAUGGUCCCCCUGGACCCAUCAGGUGGUUUCGGGGGGCUGGUCUGAACCGGGAGGCAAUUUACAACUUUGGAGGCAUCUCCCGCCCCAACGUGAUGGCAGUCCAGGCCUCCAGCAGUGACUUCAGCAUUCUCCUGCAAGGUGUCACCACUGAGCAUGUGGGCACCUACUACUGUGUGAAGUUUCAGAGGAAAUUCAACAGGCAGUACCUGUCUGGACAGGGCACCAGGCUGAGAAUGAAAGCAAAGCCUAGUUCUCCCCAAGAGGCAAAACUCGCCAGUGAACGUGUAACCAAGAUAUUUCCAUCAGGCCUCCUGUCUGUGCUCACACAUGUUGUCCUGGGGCUGAAAGCAGUGACCUUGGCUGUACUCCUGCUGGCCCUGGCUGCCUGCUGGAGGAGCCGUUGGCAAGAAGACAUCAAGACCUCAGGCCCAGCAGUGCUGUGCUCUCCCUAGCAAGGCGCAUGGGGCCUGGAUCAGGGGUCAGCCCUAGAGUGGAUCCUCUGAGUCAGAAAGGGGCAUGGGCUCUACAAUCAUUUCCCUGCCUGCACUCCCAGCUUCCAGAUUUCCCCAGGCCUCACAACAAACUCUUAGAUCCCUGUGCCUGGUUUUUGGUUCACCUGGUAAAAUUCCACACUUGGCACUGAGCUCCCCCUGAUGUGCUGUCCUCUCUCUUCACAGACUAGUCAAGCAUUCCUUGUCCUUUCCUGGGUGUCUCCUCAAGGCCCUUGCUCCUGAUGUGGCCCUUUCUGGAAGGCCCACACUUUUCCUAUCCACUCCACAUUUUCUUGUCCUUCAAGGUCCACCUCAGAAGGGUUCCCUAAAUGUGUCUGAGCUCCACCCCCAACACCAUCUGUACCGCUCCACUUACAUCCUCUGUCCUUCUUUCUUGCCUUCUUCCCUUCCACACUGUGGCUGACUUGCUUGGCUGUAAUAGAAUGUGUUGACAACUUUAACAAAACUCUUAAAUAACAGUGGCUUAAACCAGAAGCUUUAUUUCUCUAAUAAUACCCCAGCAUAAGCAGGCCAGGCAAUAUGGGGACUCCCUGAUAUUGAGACCCAAAAUUCCUUAAUUUUUUUGCUACCAGGUCCAUGUCCUGGCAGCAAAACUCAAGUAGUGAAUGGGAGCAAGACCCUUCAGGGACGCUAGGAAUUUGCCCACAUCACCUCUAAUUGGCUAGAAUGUAGUCACAUGUUCACACCCAGCUGCAAGGAAGGCUGGGAAAUGUAGUCUAUUCGGGCAGCAACAUGCUCAGCUGAAAUUUUUCACUACUAAAUUAGAGGGUAAAUAUCAGUAGAUGACCAGUAAUUUCCACCGCAGUGGCAUGGAGGCAGCCUCUUACUUGUUCUGUGUGACACCUGAGUUCAAUUCCAAGCUGAAACAGCACCUGUCUGUACCACCAUCUCCAACAGGACCGCACAAUGGAGAGCUGUAGUUCUCAAGAAGAGGAGGUUCCCCCCACUAGGAGACACUUCCCAAUGCCUAAACACCUUUUGGUAAUCACAUCUCAGGUGGUGCUAGUGCCAUCUAGUGGGUAAAGGUUAAGGAUGCUGCUAAACAUCCUAGAAUACGCAGGGCAGUCAUUGACAACACAGUUGUCUGGCCCAAACUAUCAGUAGGGCGGAAGUUGAGAAGCCCUAAUAUAGGGGAAAGCGUGCAUUCCCUAGGGAUAGUCACGUCUGACUUCUAAUCCUGAAGCCCCCCACUUCCUCCCUGUGCACCCUUGGCAACUAAUCAGUCACUUCACCUCUCAGACCAUCAAGGACAAUAACAAGAACUGCUCUGUGUGUACCAUGAACAUUCAGUACCUGUGAGCUCCCUUUUCUCUUUGCACAUGACCAUUUAUUAGAACCUACUAUGUGGGGAAGUAUAUUAGUCUGGAAGUAUUUCAUUAUAACAGAAAAACAGCUUGAACAAACCAAAGUCAAAGAGGACAUUAAUUUAAUCUGAGAAUUGAAUAAAUCAUUGAGUUACCAGACACCAAAAGGGUUGAAUACCCUCCCCAGGAUAUCCACAUCCUAAUUCCUGGAACCUGGGAACUUUCCCUUAUACAGCAAAAAAAGGUCUUGGCAGAUGUGAUUAAGGGUCUUGAGAAGGGGGGAUUAUCCUGGAUUAUCCAGGUGGGGCCCAAAUGUGAUCACACAUGUCCUGAUGAGAGAGAGAAAGAGAAAGAUGUGAUACAGAAGAGGAGAAAGGAAUGUGGCCACAGAGGCAGAGAUGGGAGUGACACAGCCACAAGAUAAAGAAAGCAGGCAACCAGCAGAAGCUGAAGCAGCAAGGACCACCUCCUCCCAGUGUCUACCAAGGGAGCAUGGCACACCGACAGCUUGAUUUCAGCCUGGCGAUACUGAUUGCAGACUUCUGGCCUCCAGAACUAUGACAGAAAAUGUCUGUUGUUUUACACCACCAGGUUUGUGGUAAUUUGUAACAGCAGCCACAGAGACUAAGAGCAGGGAAGCAUGGAACCAGGCCUCAGGAAGACAUGGAGAUGGUCCCCUUCUCUGUGCCUGAAAGCCUCCUCACCCUGCAGGGCCCUGCGUGAUCUGGUCCCUGCAAACCACGCCCCACCUCCAGCCCCCAUCUCUUCUCCCACCACCACCCCUUAAACUGAUUCUCAUCUGGCACCCACGUGGUCUUGGCUUAGUUUCAAGUCCCUGCUUCAUUGUUUCCUUCAAGAGCCCUCCCUAGACCACUCCAUCCACCAUGACGUCUCCAUCCCAGGAUUUUGAGGCCUCUACUCCAAGGGCACCUUUUCAGACACAAUCCUUUUUGGUCCUCUCAGCUCCACACAAAGAAAUUGACCAGCACAGUCCUGUAGGCCAAGGAUAGACAGGGUGUGUGGUGGCUAGGAACACAGAUUGGAGGUAACAUGCUGGGUUCAAAUUCAUUUAGGAGUCCUAGGUUCCCUAUUUGUAAAAUAGAAAUGAUAAGAAUAGAACUCACUUCAGAAGGUUGUCAUGAGAAUGAAUGAGUUAGUGCACUGAAACCUCCUAAAAGAGUGUCCGAGACAUAGUAAGUGCUCAAUAAACAUUAACUGCCAGGUGGGGUUAUAAGGGAAGGAUGCUAAGGCCGCUGGAAAAGAGGCCGGGGAUCCCUGGCCUAAGAAAGGGCUUUCCCCACUGGCACAAAAGUGAGGGGGCAGUGUGGCUGGAGCUGAGGAAACAAAUGGGAAGCCUAGGAGAUGAGAUGGAGGGGCAAACCCGUUUCCCUUGGGUCUUGCAGGCCAUGUGACUGUGUGAGAUGGGGAGCCACGGAAGUGUUGGGAGCGGAGGAGUGACCUGUUGUUUGAGGUCUGUGGCUGUUUUUCCCUAGAAUGUAAGCAACAAGAGGGCAGGGACUUUGUUUCAGUGACUGCCCAUUCCUCCCCGAGCCCUGUAAAAGCACCAGGCUCUUGAUUGCACACAGUAAAUAUUUAAGCAAAUGAGUGAACGAAUAAAUUAGCGAAAUAAGGGGAUGCGUCAA